UGCGCACCAGUGCCGAAGUUUUGUUUUCAAUCACCAUUUUGUUUUGUCAAUUUCUAUCUAUAUUAACAUCACAGUACACUUUUAAUAUUUCCAAUGUCUUUCUGACUUCAUCUUUUCCAUCUCAUAAGAGAAGUCUCGAGGCAACACCACAUGUUUUGGGCAUGUCAAUGUGUGCGCAUUCUAAUACAAAAUUCAGCACAAAUAGCUAUAAUAAAAAACAUAUUAAAUUGAUUAAAUAAAUUUCAGUGCGGCACUGAUUUUUACCAGUGCCACACUGGAAUUUUUUUCUAGAGAUGUUAUUACGAAACUGUAGAGAGAGAAAAUCAUGAUUAAUUUUAAUCGUGAUUAAGGCUGUAGUGUGACCGUAGUGUAAGCUACUAUCGGACUCCGUGAGAAAUAUCUUUCUCUCUUUUUGAGUUCUGAGAAUCUUAAAAAUGAAUGGGAAGAUAGGUCAUCAAUCGCGCAGUUGAUUGAAUUGCCAUAUUACUGACAGAAAAAUAAAGUUCAUUUAGAGCCAUGGAAAAGUGCUUUUUCGUAUUCAGCACACUGUGGAUUGUUCAUUUUAGGCGGAGGAUAGACAUAAUGAACUUUAUUUUUUUCUUCGCGUUGAUAUGAAUUAACACUUUAUUUUUUUCAUGCAAUGGAAAUUUCGCCUGUUUUCAUUCAUAAAGGUACGCUACUUGUAGGUAGUGGUUGGGACUGGAUUUUUUCGUAGAUCAUGUCCCUCGAUCUUUACAGUCAGCAUUCAUGCGAACGUUUACCAAAAAAAUUAAAGUACUGCAGGACAAUACACUUCUGUAUGACAAUAAAGGAGAAGUUCGGAGAUAUCUUCUUUUUAUAUAAAGUUUUUUUAUUUUAAUUGAAACGAUGGGAAAACUGAGGUUAAGAAAAAACGUUAUAUGAAUGAAAAAAAUGAAAUUUCUGUAUAUUCAAAUCAAGUCUAAUCUUAGGUACAAAGACAUUGGUAAACAGUUUUGGAUUUAAACAUUGACCUAAUAGUAUUUGAGUUCCUGUUUUCUUUUUAUUUCUGUUCUGUUAUGAUUACUGGAAUUUUCACUAUUGAGACCUCUCUACGUUUCUUUGUAUAUGUAAGUAAUUUGUUAAAAGUCAUAUUAACAACUGAACGUCAAAAAACUAAAUAUAUUAAGAAAGUGCUGAAUUUAUUUGUGUGUUAUUAGAAAUAUUGGUAAAAGGAAACGGACGCAAUGACAAAGGAUGAAUAAAAGAUGUCGAAGAACGACUAUAAAAUUUUUCUAUAGAAAUACAUACGAAUAGUUGCGGGGAAUGCAGGGAGAACACUAAAUAACGGAAGAAAUAAGAAAAAGAGAAAUGACAAUUUUUCCGUUGUAUACUUUUAGAUCUUCUCAAUAUUUAAAACAGACAUCCACAAUAUUGAAAAAUCACACAUAAUAUGUCAUACGGUUAGUAUACGUUCAUGUAAAAACUUUUUAAAAAUUAAAAUUAAAAAGAGAGAUUUUUCAAUUGUUCAAUUUAUAUUAGAUCUGCUUUUGAGACAAGAGGGAAACACCUGAAUGAAAUCAGCCCAAAAUCAGUCAAAAAUCACCCAAAAUCAAUUGAUUUUAAGUGAUUCUCAGCGAUCCUCUGUGAUUCUCUGUGAUUUCCAAUGACUUCAGUCAUUUCUGGUGACUUUUCAUUUGGCGAAAAGCGGGAAAAUCCCAAAAGCAGCUGUUUCCUCCUUGUUUUGAGACCAAAUUCAUCUUAUUCUGAAAUUCUAUCUUUUGUCAUACUGUGUAAAUACUUUUCUUAGGUGACAACUUUGUACGAUUAUUAGGCGCAGGAGAACAGAUUUACCACUAUGAACAAGUCUAUUAUGGAAAUCAGACAUUAGUAAAUGCAUUGACGUUUAAGGUGAAUGAAAAUGAUCCUGAUCUUACAGAAUUAGUAGCUCGCGAAGCAUUAUUACAAUUAUACCAUGAAUACUAUGUUGUACUUGGUUAUGAAAUUGUUUAUUCAUCGAAGCACAAUAGUUUAGUUUACGUUCAAAAAUCCAAAGAACAAGCUGAAAAUGAUCUUCUAUCGAAUCUAAAAUAUGUAAAAGAUGUAAGUUGGACCGUGAUAUUUGAAAAAGAAAUAAAUACACCCUUUGAUCCAAAUAUUCUUUCACGAUGGUCUAUCAUUAAACAAGAUAGUAGUCAUUACAUUUUAAUAUUAUCAUGCCAUCAUGCUAUUGUUGAUGCAAAAUGUUCUUAUUAUAUCGGAUGUAAGUAUUUAUCAUUAUGUUUAAAUAUAAAUGAUAAACAUCCUAUUAAUAAUAAUACAAAUACUCAUUUAAACCCAAUGGAAAUAUAUCUAUUUAAUAAAUAUGAAUAUGAAAAAAUUACAUGUCAAUUUCAAUUACGUAAUAAACGUUCUCAAAUUAUUACAGAUUCAACACAUGUUCAAUGUUUUUUAACAUGUGAAGGAACGAUAGAUAUUCUUAAAUCAAAAUGUCAUUCAUACAAUUUGAAAAUGAAUGGUCUAUUAUCAUUGGUUACAUCGUACGGAUAUUAUUUAACAAAAAAUUAUAUAGAUGAAAAAUCAAUUAAAAUUCAUAUGAUGGUUAAUAUUCGACCAUUUAUUUAUUUACCAUUUAAUCAAAGUGGAAUGUUUGUAACCGUUUUUGAUGAUUCAACAAAUAUUCCAAGUAAUAAUAUGGAAAUAUCAGCAUUAUGGAAUAAUGCUAAAAAUCUUUCAGUUAAUUUACAUCAUCGAAUAAACAACAAGGAAUAUUAUAAUAAUUUAAAAAAUGAUACUGAUUUACUAAAAAUGAUUUAUAAAAAUGAAACAACUUUAUCAGACGUUGAUUUUGCAUUUAGUAAUCUUGGAUUAUUGCCUAAUGAAGAAAAACGAAUAGAUGGACAAUAUUUUGCUGUAUCAUUACCAGAAAAUCGUUGGACAUCUCAUAUUCUAGUUGGAGUAGGAACAGUGAAUAAUCAAAUUUGUUGGACAAUCUCUUAUAAUGCAAAACAUAUUACGAAGGAAUUUGUUCAAAAAUGGCAAAAAAAUAUUCAGAAUAUAAUUGAACAAGUAGUGUUCAAUACACAGAAUAACGAAUAA